AUGGGCCGACACGACCCUUUCACCUUCCCUGGCCCCUGGGUGAUGGGCCGCCACGACCCCUUCACCUUCCCUGACCCCUGGGUGAUGGGCCGCCACGACCCCUUCACCUUCCCUGACCCCUGGGUGAUGGGCCGCCACGACCCCUUCACCUUCCCUGGCCCCUGGGUGAUGGGCCGCCACGACCCCUUCACCUUCCCUGGCCCCUGGGUGAUGGGCCGCCACGACCCAUUCACCUUCCCUGACCCCUGGGUGAUGGGCCGCCACGACCCCUUCACCUUCCCUGGCCCCUGGGUGAUGGGCCGCCACGACCCCUUCACCUUCCCUGGCCCCUGGGUGAUGGGCCGCCACGACCCCUUCACCUUCCCUGACCCCUGGGUGAUGGGCCGCCACGACCCCUUCACCUUCCCUGACCCCUGGGUGAUGGGCCGCCACGACCCCUUCACCUUCCCUGGCCCCUGGGUGAUGGGCCGCCACGACCCCUUCACCUUCCCUGGCCCCUGGGUGAUGGGCCGCCACGACCCCUUCACCUUCCCUGACCCCUGGGUGAUGGGCCGCCACGACCCCUUCACCUUCCCUGGCCCCUGGGUGAUGGGCCGCCACGACCCUUCACCUUCCCUGGCCCCUGGGUGA